AUGGCUCCCAAUGUUUUCAUCGCAGGGAAGGAGUACUGUGAUCGUUUCAGAUACCUACACUAUGGCGGGCGCAAAGUCACUACCAGUAAUCCUCCCGGAGGUGCGGCAUUGGUUCGUGACAUUGUAUCUCAGUUAGAGCGCAAGGCUAGUAACGCUGGUUCUACAAUCCAAUGUCAUUUUAUCAAACGUGAAAAUGGCACCGCCAUCCAAACAGCCUUGGAGAUCGAGCAACUGGCACCAGAACCAUCAUCUCGCCAUCACAUCAAGUCAUGCCUUCAGCUAGAGUCCAGUCUGGGCGAUACCCAAAAUCCCUCCAAUGCCAACAUUGGGCAAAAUGAUUUGCUAGUGCUGGUAGAACAGCCUGAGGUGAACGUCUUUGGAGUCGACCCAUCGUAUCGGAUUUUUAAACGAUCUGGAAAUUUGAUUGAGCAGAGCGACAUGCAGUGGACUACGCUCGACAGCUAUGCCAAACUGGCUGAUGGGAGGAAUUGUGCUGAUGAUGGUUGGGACCCCUUAGGAGUGGUCAUCGAUGCCGAAUACCUCAGGUGGAAGCACGUCGAGAUCAGUCGCCAUCUGUCUUGGGCGCAAACCACAGAGGACUUGCUCCGAAAUUUCAUUUUUAAGAAACAGGAAAAGCCAGAGCUUGAGGUGCUUCGAAAAACUCCGAAUCUGAUCGUCCGAUUUGAUUGCGACGGCGUUGUUCAUGUUGAAAAUGCCACAGCAGAGGAUGUGACAGCAAAGCUCUACAUUCACAAGUCGGAGAACUCCGAAGGAGACUUCAUCCAGUCCACUCCAGGACGCACACCAGCCAUUGCUGCUGGAUUCGUGGCAGGUCUGGUUAGACCGUUGGCUCAAAGCAAAGAGGCUUACAGGGAAGCGAUCCAGGCUGGAUUGCUAGCCUCACACAAAGUGGCAUUGGCAAAAGUACUACCUGUGAGAAAUGACGAAGGUGAUUAUUAUGUGCUUGAUGAUAAGAUUAAAGGAGAGGAUUUCCCAGGCGUCCAAGUUAUUGUGCCAUCCUCCGAGAUUAAGAACCAGAGGGAAUACCGUUGGAGUAUCCUCCAAACGAUACUCGAAGGGCAAUACCUUGAACAACCAAUUAGAGAAUUUGCAGAGGGAAUCAUAAAGGCUGGGGCAGAAGAAGACGCGCGGAUUGAUUCGGCCACGCUUUCGAGCUUUCCGGGAGCCACUAGGCCCAAAAUCAAAGAAUCUGUCAAAGUCAUUCUGCAGAUGCAAGAAGAUGCCCAUGUGGCAGUGUUGGCGACAAAGAUUGCGGCUUCUGUGCAAUCAGGGACUGCAGCUCUUGCGAAAUCGGAAGCAGCACCUGACGUUGAAAAACUGAAACCCUAUAUUAAGAGUGUUCUGGAAAGAUUCCUGGAACUGCAGGCCCAAGCCGACGUUGCAGCAGUACAAGGCGCAAUAGAGAGCUUAUUGCAGAAAGAAUUAAGUAAGGAAGAAUUCGAUGGAAUACAAACAGAAAUCGAGCCCUUUGCGAAGAAAACUGUGGAAGGUCGACCAAAGCCAGCUGAUGGUGAAAUUGAAACGAAUAUUACUACGCUGGGAGCGGGAAUUCUGAAACUACAAGAUCCUAAGGGCAAGGAACUUCGCAAGAAAACCAAAGCGCUCGCAGAUGAGAUUGUGACGAAAGGAUGCAAGACGGCGCUCGCGGGGAUUCCUACUGCACAGUUCGGAAACCUCAUGACGGCAGACCGACAGGAAAAGGAAAGCUUUAGAGCGAUCGCCAACUUGGUGACGGAGUACCUGCAAUCACCGCAGGAGAAGCCAAUUUCGAUAGGUGUCUUUGGCGCACCCGGGUCAGGAAAGUCAUUCGGGAUCAAAGAGGUCGUCAAAGCGGUUGCCAAACGGGUGAGCAACGGAGGGAAGCAAGUCAGCAAACCCUUGACGUUCAACCUGUCCCAGUUCCGGGCAUAUGAUGAUCUAGUCGUCGCUUUCCACACGGUCCGUGACAGCGGGCUGUCUAAUGAAGUCCCGUUGGUGCUUUUCGACGAGUUUGAUAGCGGCUUUGGCGAGACGAAACUGGGGUGGCUUCAGUACCUGCUAGCACCAAUGCAGGAUGGCAAGUUUUUAGAACACGGCCAUCAGCGACCGCUGGGGCCGGCUAUCUUCGUUUUUAUCGGUGGCACAUGUUCCACGUUUGAGGAUUUCACCACUGAUCUGGCAACCAAAGACGCAAAAGACGCGAAGAAGCCGGACUUUGUUAGCCGACUACGGGGGUUUGUGAAUAUUCAAGGGUCGCACCAAAGCCCAACAGACACCGACUAUAUGUAUUAUGUUCGCCGCGGUAUCCAUCUGCGUGCAAUGCUGCAGAACCGACUCCGCUGCAAGGCAGACGAAGAGAUCGAACUGGACGACGGAGUGCUGAACGCACUCUUGACUGUGCCACAAUUCCGCCAUGGCGCCCGAUCGCUCGAGUCUAUUAUCGCAAUGAGCCAAUUACAUGGACAGAAGGUCUUCAGACGCUCUGCGCUGCCUUCUGCGAAGCAGCUAGGUCUUCAUGUCGACUAUACUAGCUUUGUCGAAGCUUUUGAACCUGAAAACCAUCGUGCAAUGGCUCGAGUUAGGAUCGCAGAAAAGAUUCUGCCAGCGGCAGACCAGUCUCACGGAGAGGAUGAUUUCCGACAGCGAAUUGCUGGUCAAAUUCUGGACAUGAUCUAUAACAAUGGGGCCUGUUUGGUUCCAACGGAACUGGGUCAGGACGCUAAGCACGACGGGGAACUAGUCGAUCACUUGGCCAAGUACCAGUAUAAUGCCUUCAAUCUUACUAUACCUGCUGCUGACUGGAAAUCUUACGAGGAGAGUGGUGAGAAAGAAAAUUACAAAAAGUCCAUUAAGGAUUUACUCAACCUUCUUCAGGAAUGUGGCUUUGUUGUUCAGAAAGGAAGUUAG